AUCACCAGCAUCUUAUGACUCAUGGCUCAGGAUUUUGUAUAUGAUGAGUAUGAAGAGGUUCAGUUUUGCUAUCCUCAUGGUUACCAUGGCGUAGACAAAGAUGGUCGACCUGUUUAUAUUGAACGGAUUGGUAAAAUUGACCCCAGCAAGCUAAUGAGUGUUACCACAGUGGACCGGUUCUUAAGAUAUCAUGUUCAAGGGUUUGAGAAGGCUUUUGCUGAGAAAUUUCCAGCAUGUUCAAUUGCAGCCAAGAGGCACAUAGAUUCUACAACAACUAUACUGGAUGUGCAGGGAAUUAACUGGAUGAGCUUUGGCAAGGUUGCCCAUGAUCUUGUAAUGCGCAUGCAGAAAAUUGAUGGUGACAACUACCCUGAGACAUUGCAUCAAAUGUACAUUGUUAAUGCUGGCAAUGGAUUCAAACUGCUUUGGAACACAGCCAAAGGCUUUCUUGAUCCCAAGACUACUUCAAAGAUACAUGUACUAGGUACUGCUUUUCAUAAUAAAUUGUUGGAGGUUAUAGACGCAAGCCAAUUGCCAUAUUUUCUUGGUGGGACGUGUUCUUGCUCGAAUGAAGGUGGAUGUAUGAGAUCAAACAAGGGGCCCUGGAGUGACUUAGAUAUCAUGAAACUGGUUCACUCUGGAGAUGCACUCUACUCGAGGAAAAUUAUAAGUUCAUCUGAUUAUGAUGAUUUUGGAGUAAAAUUAUUUUCAACUAAGGUUAAAGGUAGUGAAAUAUCUUUAGUUGAUUCAGGAACAGAUGCCACUUCAAAUGCUUCAGGCUCGAUGCAAACAGUAGUACUUUCUGACGGGGGAAAGACGAAUGAUGCAGCUUCAGUCUGCAACUUUGUAGAAGCAGCUAAUGUUGCAAGAAUUGAAGAUUGUAAUUUAACAAAUAAUUUAGCCAAUAAUGUUCUCCCAAAACGGCAGCUGAAGAAUUCUAUUCAUCAUGUAACAAGUUUAGUGGUUUCCUUCAUUCUCAAAUUGUUAGCGUGUAUAUAUCUCCUACUCCAAAUGUUGAAGAGAUUGUUUCUAGUGCAACCUUCGCAAAAACGAUUAGAGAACCAGUUGAGACCCCAGUUGGAACGUAUUUCACCUGUAGUGGAAGAGGCUUCACUCCAUCCAUGUUGCCAGAGGCUGCAACAUUUAGAAACGUUAGUAACCGAACUGUUCAAUAAACCUACGAAAAUUCCUCCAGAGAAAGAUGACAUGCUUCAGGAAUCACUGAGUCGCAUUAAAUCUAUAGAACUAGAUUUACAGAGGACGAAGAAGGCACUGCUUGCUACUGCAUCAAAACAAAUGCAGCUUGCUGAGUCGUUGGAAAAUCUAAAAGAGGAUAGCUCAACUGGGAUAACACCCUCUUGCUGGCCAAGAAAUUGCAAGUAUUUUCCUCCAGAAAGAUGAGCACUGUUGCUCUGAAGUAUUAAAGUCCACCGAAGUUGUUUGUCCACAUUAACUCUUUGACCAUCAACGAUUCUGUAGGCUUUUUUAGUGGGGAGACACAGUGCAGGUCUCAUUCUAGGUUCCCAGAUUGGUGGUUUUCCGCCAGCAAAGAGAAGAGAGCUGUUUAUCAUUGAUCUCAUCUCUUUCUGAUAGGCAUUGCAGUUAAAGUGAUCUUCGAGUUUUUAUACAUAGAUAAUAUAUAGUUUUCUAUUUUCUUGGUUUUUCCAGACUCUUUCACAGCUCAAUACACAGGUCAAUACAUAUUUCCUCACUUGUAGUUAUGAUGCCAUUGCAUAUAGCAAAGAGCAGAGGCUAUGGUGCUUCAUUUUGUUUUGAUGGCUGAAGUGCGUUGGAAACUCCUCUGCUUUGAAGUGCAUAACCUGGGAGACAAGUGGAUAACAAAACUCUGUACAUAUUUUUGUGACUAUAUAUAUUCUCAGGAAUGAAACAGACAUUAGAACCUGAAUGACAUUAAGAUUAUUUUCAACACAAGGUAUUUGUAUUUGAUGAUUGAUAUAACUAAGAGCUUCACAGAUACUCUAAA